AAAGGGAGGGGGAGGACUAGAGCUGAGCAGUGAGCAAUAGUUCACUAGAUGUGGGAUACAGAGUGGGAUCUGCAGCAGAACAAGAUCAGAUAGCAGUUAUACUAAGAAAGUGUGAGACACGUGGAAGAGGAGAGACUGUCGACUUCCCAUGACUCUAAAAUAAGCUGUGAGGAAUUGAUUUUUUGAUUGGCUUGGACCCAACAGGCCACGUGAGCCCUAUAUUCAUUUAAUUUGGGAUAGCGGUGAUCAAGUUGUUGCGCUAUUCUGAGGGUCAGAAUUAUGACUUCAGAUCUUCACUGAAGUCAUUUUGUAAUUUCUGAUCUAUUUCUGAUGAACUGGAUAUCAGUCGAGCGCCAACUCUGGAAUACUUGAGUGACUGUAAUGCUCUGCUCAUUUAGCAGAGAAAGAGAUGCAUUAAAAUCUGGACUCAGAGACAUGAAGAUACUCUGUGGCCAUUUACUUUUCUGCUUCAAGAGAAUAGCGGGGUUCUACUUUUAACAGAAGAAUAGAGGUGAAGGAAGCCUGAGGAGAAACAUGCAGCAGUUUGGCUAAGAAACUGGGAGAAAAGGAAAGUUGGAAAUCAACUUUUAUUGGAGACAUUUGCACUCAAGAAUCUACAAUCUGUGCUGGAUACAGUUUAGCACUUGGUGUGAACCUGGUCAGUUUUGUAUGAGCCGGGCUGAUCGUGUGAAGCCCUGUGGCUGCGUCCCACUGAGGCAUGAGUGUGGGAAGAGCCCACCACCACACUUUCUUGUCCUGUGAAGAAGAAGGCCUUCGACUCAGCAUCAUGCCGGCUGUAGGCAGCUUUGGAAAUGGCAAGAUCCACACAAGACGUAAAUACCACAGCCGCUUCGUCAGCAAGACCGGCCAGUGCAACAUCCACUUUUCAAACAUGGAUGAGAAGUCGCAGCGGUACAUUUCUGAUAUUUUCACAACUUGCGUGGACAUCCGCUGGCGAUACAUGUUCCUGCUGUUCAGCCUGGCAUUUGUGGUGUCCUGGCUGACGUUUGGCUUGGCCUACUGGGUCAUCGGCCUUCUGCAUGGCGACAUGGACCAUCCUGCAGGAGAUGACAGUUUUGUUCCUUGUGUCACGCAGGUCAACACCUUUGUGGCAGCUUUCCUGUUCUCCAUCGAGACCCAGACAACCAUCGGGUAUGGAGCUCGCUGUGUCACGGAGGAAUGCCCAGCAGCUGUCUUCAUGGUGGUCUUUCAGUCCAUCAUGGGCUGCAUCAUCGACGCCUUUAUGAUUGGCGCCAUCAUGGCCAAGAUGGCGAGACCCAAAAAGCGAGCAGAGACGCUGCUGUUUAGCCACAACGCAGUGAUUGCUCUGCGUGACGGGAAGCUGUGCCUCAUGUUCAGGGUUGCUAAUCUGAGGAAAAGCCACAUUGUGGAGGCUCAUGUGCGAGCUCAGCUGGUGAAACCUCGCUACACAGAGGAAGGCGAGUACAUCCCCCUGGAUCAGAUUGACAUGAAUGUGGGCUACGACAAAGGCACUGAUCGCCUGUUUCUGGUUGCACCCCUCACUGUCAUACACGAGAUCGAUGAAGAAAGUCCACUUUUUGGCAUCAGCAAGCAAGAUCUAGAAACAUCCGACUUUGAGAUAGUAAUAAUACUUGAAGGACUAGUGGAGGCCACAGCCAUGACGACACAAGCUCGCAGCUCUUACUUGGCUUCUGAGGUCUUGUGGGGUCACCGUUUUGAGCCCGUCAUCUUCGAGGAGAAGAGCCAAUACAGGAUAGAUUACGCCUACUUUCACAAGACAUUCGAAGUCCCGUCCACCCCAAGAUGCAGCGCAAAGGACAUGGAGGAGAGAAAAUUCCCAACAUCUGGCGCCAACUCCUUCUGCUACGAGAACGAGCUGGCCUUCAUCAGCAGGGACGAGGAGGAUGAGGGAGACGUGGAGAAAGAGCAGGACAGGAAGAGCUCGUCUGAGUUAGGGAAUAAGCUGACUGCUCCUGGACAUGAUCAGACACCCUCCCGUAGAGAAUCAGCCAUUUAACCUGUUUAGUUGUGUUUGGAUCCAUAGUAGUGUCGUGUGGAGAGUCCUGUGACUGUCACUGACAUGAGGACACCACUGAAGAGAUUUACUGCUGAACACCAGCAGAACUGAUCUCCAGCAUACAAGCAAGAGUGAAACUCAUUGUAUUUUUCAUGGAAGGAACUCUCCUGAGAUGGUUAUUGAGCUUUAUCAAAUGCAAACAGAACUGUCAUGUUUAUCAUAGAAAUAAAGUGCAUGACAAUAGCAUAGUUUUGUAUAAACAUUUUGAGAAUUGUUUGAUGACUGUAGAUGCUGUUCCUCAAAUAUAUGAUUUACAAACUAUGUGUGCAGUGAAACUGAUGGAAACCUGAAGACUAUUUCUCCAUCUGGUAGAAACCGGUGUAGAUCAAAAGUGGAUUUUCAUCUUAAUGAUAUAACUUAUGUGAACAUCAGGACUCUAAAUAUUCUACAUUAUACAGCGUCAGUGGAUGACUUGGUUAGUUUGCACACAACUUAUUUACUUACAUACAGUUUGACCUGCACAUUGCUAUGGGAAACACCUGACAAAGUACAGGGAAAGACACACCUGAUGGUACAUCAUAUGGAUGUUUUGCAUAGUACAAGAUCAAAGUAUUCUCCUUAACCUUUUCAUUUUGCCCAGUGAUGUGAAGUAUUUUUUUCUUUUCAGUUUACCAGUAACUUUGAGAGAAUCCGAAUCAAAUGACUGGUUUGUUCGCUUUCCACAUACAAAGUGCAGUUUAUUCUGUUGCUGGAGGAAGACUUGUCAUCUGGAACUACAGCUCCUGGGUUUCAGAUGGUGGUACAUAAUAGGAGGGUUACUAUUUCUAGUUUUGCGUUGGUUGAAAAGUCAGUGUCCCGUUGAUUUUGUAAGGACUGAAGCUGACUCAUUCCAAAACAAGAAAGGUGUCCGAACAUCAUACUACGUGCUUAGUGACUGACAAAGACAACAGGUCCAAGCCAAAAAUCUUGCAGAUCCAUGUGGAAAACUUGGAACUAAAGAAACUGCAUCUAUCGGUGAAGCUUUACUUACAAUCUAAAAGGAAGAUUUCCAAUCAUUACUGUAGUUUUCUCUUUAACACUGCAAGAAACAGAACUAAAUACACAACCUUAAGUCAUAUUUUCUGGGGUUGUUGGAGAGAAUCUAACCAAAAUCUAAUGAACUGAAGAUCAGAGCUGCUAAUAUUAGCCCACAUUGCAAUAUAGUACCAUCCACUCAAAAUCAUGUAAUUUAAAAUGCUGCUGACCUUGGAACUACCUGAAGUAGGAUUGUCACAGUCAUGAAAUCUUAUCUAGCCAUUAAUUGUCACAAAAAAUGUUAUUUACAAUUAAAUUGUCUUGUUCUGUUCAUUUUGUGCCUUUAUUAGUCUGAGGUGAGUGAUAUUAGCAUCUUUUAAACUACCUUUUUGCUACAAAUCUGACAAAUCCUCUAAGUUGUUGGGCUCUCCUUUCUCGUUUUUCCUUGUCCUUAUAACUAUUUCAAUGGCAUUAAAGCCCAAAAAGGCCAAAAUAAUUUUCAUUAUAUUUGCUUUUAAUUGGUCUAAGAGACAACUCGACUCCUGUACGUCCUCUAACUGAAAUGCAGUUGGUCAAAUAUUACAAAUUAAGCACCUUAAGAUGAAUAUUUGGUGUCAUUUAACCACAGCAGAAGAAAGGGACACAAGCUGUGGAAAACAAAAAGGAAAUUGUGACUGAAACAUGACAUUUCUGUUAGUUUUAUCCAACUGUUUUCCUACAGGUGAAUGAAAACAAGUAUAACAAUUAUGCAAAAUGAACACAAUCUUGCUUGUUUUGCUAAUAUCUGCUGCUUUAAUUUGGUGCAUUACAGUCUUCAGAUAGAAUGAAUAGAACAGGAAUACUUUUUUGAUACCUAGGUAGAAAUUCUGUUGCUACAGUCGCAAGCAGAAAGGAUAAAGUGACUACCACAAGAAAGGAAAAAUAUUAAAUAUCAUGAAAAUGAAAGUAAUAGAAAAAUAUAAUAAAAUACAAAAUGCACAAUAAAGUGUAAAAUAUACUAUGAAUAAAAAAAUACACUAAACUGAAAAACGCACCAUAAAAUGUCAAAUACCACCAGUAAAAGUAUACAGUGAAUAUAGAAAUUAAACUGAAGCAACAAUGCAGAUUAACACGUGGACAAAUCUGCUGAUUAGAUCCACUGAAUCUGCUGUAAUUAGACAAUCCAACGUAGGCUGAGCAAAAUAAAUUUCCUCUAAGGUGCAAUAAAAUGUGUGUUCCCAAAGAAAAAUAUAGUUUAAAUUGCACAUCCUUAUAAAUCCACUAUCAAAAUCAAAGAACUAGCACCUCAAGUUCAACCCUUUCUGUGACUUCCAGAUAUAAAAACACCGUGAGGACAGGAGACUCCAACUGCAACAUCCCACAUAGUGUAAUCAAAGACUUGACACAUAAUUUCUGGAGAGGCCCCACAGGCAGAAGAAAUUUCUAAUUAAAGACAUCUGAAAGGAAACCUUGUCACAUGGCAACCCAGGAGAGACAGAGUGGAGUAGCAUCGCGUCACAUUUGCUCUGUAUCGAGUUAAAAGGCCGAAUCCAUAAAAUAUUGACCAAAAGGGAAACCCUGACAAGACAGCACUGCCUGAGGAGACACUGGACAUGUCUUAGAGGGAUUUAAAGGUAAUAUGAGGCCACUUUAGUAGUGAUUCUUGAACGUUUUAGGUGUUUAUUGGCAAUAUUUUGUAAUCUUUUAGGCAAAAUUUGAUAUUUUUGUGACAAUAAGAUUGGAAAUUUUCUAGAUCGGAUCAGGUUUUAUCCCAUGAUUUAACAGGAAAACAUGCAGAAGAUGAGGAAACAUGAGUUGAAAAAACGUGGGAAAUAUCUCAUUAUUAAAUGUCAGUUCGGAGAUCAAUGUAAAGAAAUCAUACCUUUAAAAAACUGUUGCAUUUGGUUAGUUAUUGAAGUAAAUUCAUGUAUUUAAUUCAGAAAAACUGUUUCAGCAGAAAACCCUGAAUGUCCUCACGUAAAUCUGACCUGUUCAUGAUAAAUUCUGUUUGGCAGAAUCACCAACAUCCAAAUAAAUGCACUUUAUUGACAAAAUGUGGUUCUAGUGCCAAUUUAUGUUGCUUGUCUAUAUUCUUGUGGCAUCAUUGUUAUCUUUCACUGCUGUUUUUUUGUUCUUCUAAUGUUAAUAGAUGAAGAUACCAGGUCAGACUGUGUAACACUGAUCCCAGGUGAGAUGAAUCCGUUUCUCCCUCCGCAUUUAUCAACCUAAGAGUUUCCAUGUGGGUUAACUUAUACACCUGACUGCCAUUUCAGCAGAUUUCAGCACAUUUGUAUUUAUAUAUUGCUGACUCGUGCAAAAAACAUGGGAAUGGGCUCGCUCUGGAAAACAAAUGGUGGUUUCUCUGCCGUUUGCACAAAGAGCAGGGUCAAGGAUGAACCAUUUCUGCAUCUGUCAGGCUGAUAUUGUAAAUAAAUGAUUUUUUUCUCCUUUUC